AUGAUUUUUAAUUCAAUUAUCUCUCUAUCAAGCACUGGUUCAUCAAUGAAAUCUGGUAUUGCCUCAAGUUUGGUAUCAGACUCCUAUGGUGAUAAUGAUAUUGCUGCAUUGGUUAAGCGUGAACCAACUAAUUGGUCCAAACCAACCCCAAAACAUCACCAGAAACCCCAUAAAAAACACUGGGGUUGUUAA